AUGCAUUUUGGAUUCAAUCGCGUACCUGUCGGAAAGCGACUUUUUCUGUUUUAUGUCUAUUCCACGAUCAUUGUAUACGCACAAAAUGGACUAGACACCUGUAGUGAUAUACUUUACAAGGAGUUGCGUAACUUCAACACAGGCAAUUAUUAUGUUAGGCGGAAUAAUAAUCAGGAGUAUGAUUAUAUUAAGUUUAUGGCAAAGAUUGCAGGACUGUCAUCAACCGUCUAUGUUUCAGUUGCAGAUAAUCAUGCAAAAUGUCUGAGACCAUUAUUGAAACCCGACCAGCCCAUUGGUCCUGUUCGACCUGUUCCACCUGUUCCCUGUUCUCUGCCUCCUGUCACACAUGUCACUGUCAAACAUCACUAUUGUAUCCUGUCUAACGCCUGUGUUCCAAAUAAUGUAUCCCCGUUGUCCCUUGUGCUUGUAAAACCAUUUAACAUGCGUUUCCUUGGUACCUCUGCCUUUGAACUCCCUUAUAAAACAUUAAUAAUAUCAGCUCAUGUUAUCCUCUGUAUCUAUCUGCGAAAUUAUCUGUGUUCCUUCCCGCUGCGCCAAAAAUGUCCCAAACUAAAUAUGGCCGUUCCCAAGCAAACUUUUCUUCAAAAACAUAUCGCUCGAUUUGUAAAAAGCCCCCACCUACGAGGGUAUAAAUUACUAAUUUCUCUGUUCAAUACACCAAUACUAGAACCAGACUCCAAAGCAAUGACACCAUUAGAGCAGCAUUGGACUAAACGAAAAUGUGGUAGACUCAAAAAUGGGUUACAUGUUUACAAUAAAAAUGUUUCAGUAAAGUCUCCCUAUGAAUCAGUAUGUGAUGCCAUUACACAAAAUACGAAAACCUUAAACGGUUACGAUACUCUGGAGGGCACUGUAUAUACGUUUUUGAAAUUCACCGCACGUUUAAGGAUGUUCUGUUAUGAUUUGCGACUUACCUUAGAUGUGAAUAUAGCUCAGAUAAUCCCCAUACAAGUUUAG